CCGUUUGGAACCAACGGGCCGUGUGCAAAUCCCACGUGUGACGCGCGAAUACCUUGAUCACGACCGCCUCCUGAUACUUUAUUCCAUAUUGUUGAACACAGCCGAUUUGCCAGCGAUCGGGCUCGCCAAGUAGGGCGGGUAGACUGGAGGAGAGGGGCAGCAGUAGAGGGUGAGGAGGGAGUGAUGAGCGAGUGCUACAAGUGCCACAAGGUGGGCCACAUUGCCCGAGACUGCCUCCAGGCCGGAGACGGAGGGAGAGGGGCGCCACGCGGAAGGGGCGGACCCCCUCGUGGACGUCUCGACUACAGGGCACCCAUCAGAGACAAGUGCUACAAGUGCAACCGGAUAGGGCACUUUGCACGUGACUGCAAGGAAGCAGAGGAUAGGUGUUACCGUUGCAAUGGCACAGGCCACAUUGCCAAGGACUGCCAGCAAGGACCUGAUGAAAUGUCGUGCUACAACUGUGGCAAGACGGGCCACAUUGCCCGUGAGUGCAAGGAGCAGGACAAGACCUGCUAUAUCUGCCACAAGCAGGGACACAUCUCCAGGGAAUGCGAGCAGGACGAGAGGAGGAGUGCUGCUGUGUCUCCUCAGUGUUACCUGUGUGGAAAGCUGGGCCACAUCUCACGUGACUGCCCCAGCAGUGAACGGGAUGACCGCAAGUGCUACAACUGUGGGCACCUGGGCCACAUCAGCAGGGACUGCCCCGAGGCGUGCGGAAAUGAGCCCAUGGCUGACGUCUGCUAUCGGUGCAACGAGCGUGGCCACAUAGCACGCAACUGCCGGUCGACCCGUUCCAACAAUCGCUGCUACCAGUGCGGGGAAGUGGGACACUUGGCCAGGGAAUGUGAAAUGAAGGCCUGAAGGAGACUCCGCAAGGGCCGCCGUUUGAUGCAGAGCUUUUCAUUUUUGCCACCCACAUACAAAAAAAAAAAAAACAUGCUUCUGCAGUAGCUCUACUUCUUCCGUGGAAAAAAAAAAAAAAAAAGUGUUGACCUCCA